AUGACUCAUUUUUCACGUGAUAAUAAAGUAAUUUUAUAAACAGAAAGUCCAAAACUUGUACAUCAGAAAAGAAACGGUUGGCCCUGCGUUUUAUAAAGUUUUUGGUUUUUUAUACAUUUUUUGCGCCGCAGCUACUGCUAGCCUGUUUGAAAUAAUGUGACAAAUUUAUAAUAAAUCCUGCAUAUAUAAUAGUAAAUUAAUUGUGGAUUUAGUUUCCUGUGUUUUCCCCAAGUAAAGUGCAUUCUACCAGGCAAUAUUUAAAUAAUGUUGUUUGAUAAUCAAAAUAAAUGUGCCUCAUCUAAACCCGAGCUGUCGUAUGAUGAGGCUUGUCUGGAUGUAAACAACUUCUUGUCCCAAAAUAUCGAAAUAUUUGGCCAAUAUGCAGAGUGCACCAAGUGUGAUUUCCAAAAAUUGGCAGAAGUAUUUCCAAACAGUACAGCUAAUAUUCUUGUGAAUACCAAAUAUCCUAUGCUUACUGCUUUUAAAGUCAACAAUACUCUUAAUUGUGUAUCUUCCAAUUUGUACUAUGAGCAUUAUCGAUAUGAGUGGAAUGUAACUGAUUUAAAUACUUGUGGAAUUAAGAUAAAAGUACCUGCAGACAAUGCCUAUUUGCCUGUUUUAACUGCUAUGAUAAUCCUUUUCCUUUUUGGAACAAUUUGGUAUAUGAUUAAAUGCAUUUAUAAAUGCACUAAACAUUUAAGUUUGGUCAGGAGAUAUGUUCCUUGGUCAACUGAAAUUCAAACGGAUUUGGGUACCCCUCGUAAUGAUGGAAUGCCCUUAGUUGUCGAGCGUUUGCCCCCUCCUGUUAAAAAACACCCAUACAGAGUCAAAUCUAUAGAUGUGUUCAGGGGACUUUCUAUAAUUCUUAUGAUAUUUGUAAAUUAUGGUGGAGGAAAGUAUUCUUUUUUCGAACAUUCACCCUGGAAUGGGCUUACUGUUGCUGAUCUUGUGUUUCCCUGGUUUUUAUGGAUAAUGGGCGUUUCAAUGAUGAUAUCAAUGGAUAAAAAGUUAAGAGAAGGAGCCCCUUGCAGACAAUUGUUUAAUAAUAUAUGUUGGCGAUCGUUAAUAUUAAUAUUGAUAGGUUUAGUUCUAAAUUCUCAUGGCAGAAAUGUUCCUAUUUCACAGCUCAGAUUUCCUGGCGUUUUACAAAGAAUUGGUGUUACAUACUUUAUAGUUGCUUCUUUGGAAUUGUGUACUUGUAAAAGAACUUCUGCUGAGUUUGGAAGAUUAUGGAUUGUUCAAGAUCUAUUGGUAUCCUGGCAUCAUUGGCUUGUAAUGAUUGCUUUUGUUAUCAUUCAUACAAGCAUUACUUUUGCUUUGAACGUACCAGGAUGUGGUAAGGGUUAUUUGGGUCCUGGUGGAUUGGAUCAGCACGGAAAAUACUUUAACUGUACUGGGGGAGCUGCAGGGUACUUGGAUAGACUAUUCUUUGGGAAUCAUAUGUAUCAUACUCCCACAUGUCAUAAGCUUUAUGAAACUGUUCAGUAUUUUGAUCCUGAAGGAAUUUUGGGGACUUUAACAGCAACACUGACAGUGUAUUUAGGAGCACACGCAGGCCGAAUCUUACUUGCAUACAAUGGAUUUAAGGAAAGAGUUAUUCGAUGGUGUAUUUGGGGCAUACUAACAGGACUCAUGGGUGGAUGGCUGUCCAAUUUUUCGAAAAACGACGGUGUUAUACCAGUUAACAAGAAUCUUUGGUCUCUCUCGUUUGUUUUAGUUACAGCCUCCUUUGCUUUCUUUUUAGAAGCUUUUCUUUUCGUUGUUGUCGACGUGACACGUAAAUGGGGCGGACGCCCCUUCUUUUAUCCAGGAAUGAACGCACUUAUUCUGUAUAUAGGGCACGUUGUAUUUAAAAAUACGUUCCCUUUCUCUUGGAUUCCCACUGUAGCAACGCACGGGGCUUAUUUGGGCAUGAACCUGUGGGGCACUGCGCUUUGGGUCGUCGUUGCUAUCGUUAUGUACAAGAGAAAUAUUUUUGUGUCAGUUUAAUAACUUUUAUCGAGAAGAAAUAUGAAUCAAUAUUAACAUUGAAUAAAUGUAUUAAUGUAAAACCUACUGCUGUUCUGUUGUAAUUCGAAUUUACUAUGUACGUAUGGAAUUCACGCAUUUUUGGUUAUUUGUAAAAUUUGAUAUUGGUCUUUUGCUAUAGAUACUUUAUUAUAUUGUAAAAUCCAGGUAUUCUAUGUAAUGCUUAAUUAAAUAACCAAUGAAGUUUGGAAACUGGUUGCAUAUAAGGGGUUAUUUUUAGUAUUUUUUAUCCAUAUUUAUAUACUGUAAUAAUUACAUUUACUUUAGUUUUAUUUUGUUCAAUUGUAAUGUUUCUUAAUUACUCUAAUUAUUUUAGUUAACAUAUUUGGUGAUAUAUUCACAAAACGUUUGAUUGUUUAAUUUAGUGUCAAUAUAUAUCUGUAGGGUU